AUGGGUUUUUUGUUGAAAGAAGUUUUGAAGACUUUGUGCGGUAGGAAUCAGUGGUCUUAUGCUGUUUUCUGGAAGAUUGGUUGCAACAAUUCUAAGUUAUUGAUUUGGGAAGAAUGUUAUCAUGAACCAUUUUCACGUCCUUCCACGCAUGGUAUUGUUGGGAUGUCUAAUGUGCGUAAUCCGAAUGAGGAAGGAUGUUGGUUUUCUUCUGAGUUUCAAUCGGCUCCUCUAGGAAUUCAAGAGGAGGAUAGAGUAUCUUCUUUGAUUAACAAAUUGACAGUUAAUAAUUUAGUCGUCGUAGCAGGUGAAGGUAUAAUUGGACGCGCCGCAUUUACCAAUAGUCAUGAGUGGAUUCUCUUGAAUAAUUUCGCUAAAGAUGCAUAUCCACCUGAGGUGUAUGCUGAAAUGCAUCUCCAAUUUUCAGCUGGAAUGCAGACAGUAGCAGUUAUUCCAGUGCUUCCUCAUGGGGUUGUUCAACUUGGUUCUUGCUUGCCUAUAAUGGAGAAUAUGGGGUUUGUCCAUGAAGUAAAGAGCCUUAUUUUGCAACUCGGGUGUAUUCCUAAUGCCCUUCUAUCCGAGGACUAUUCGACUAAAUUUUCAAAUGAAAGACUUGAUGGACGUGCUACUUCUGGUGUGCCUGUGCCUGUUGAUUUGUCAGUCAUUACCUCGAAUUCCGCUCCUUCCGUAGUUAAUGGCUCCAAUCACCGAAGUUAUUCAUCUCACUCACUUUGUCCUUUAAGGGGCGAAAAUAAUAAUCGUCAGGACAGGGUUGUCGUGGCUGAAGUAAUACCUUCAAAUUUUGAUUCAAGCCUGCACCAGCAUUCCGUUUCAUAUAAUACAAGAUCUGAAUUCAAUAACUUAGCUGGUUCUGUGCCGUUUGGCCAAUCAGGGCUGAGUGAUUACGUUAAUCCCCGUGUUAACGUGUCAAGUUCCGUAAACAUUUCUCAACUAAAAACAGAUAGAAGCCAUAAUAUGAGUUCUAGCAGUACUUCAUUACUAAGAGGAAUCCCGGUACAUGGUGGAAUGAAUAGUCUUUUGAGGACUCAAGAAUGUUCUGAUCAGAAAAUUCUUCCCGAAGUUUCUAAGUUUUCUUCAACAGAUCAAAAGAUAGACUAUAACAUCCUUCAGACUCCUAACAUUCCUGGUUUUAACGUUGAGCAGUAUGUGCCAAAUAGUCGUCAUAUCACAGGUUUUGUCCGUGAUUGCAUUCAAAAAGACGGUACUGGUCAAUCUGCGAUGAAUCCUAAACACGAAGAAGCUUCUGCUCAACAUUCAUCAGGUGGCGAUGACUUGUUUGAUAUUUUAGGUGUCGAUUUUAAAAACGAACUUCUGAAAGGACACUGGAAUGAACUGUUUGCUGAUGAACCAGAAUGUAAUGCUGAAAAUAUGGUUAAAAAGGAAACAUGUUUGAACACAGAGGGCACAAAUUCUGAUUAUUAUUUAGGUAACAAAUCAAUGUCGGACAGUGGCAUUUUCUCUGGGAUGUCAACAGACAACCUCUUGGAUGCCGUGGUCUCAAAGACCAAACCUACUUUGAAACAGAAUUCCGAUGACUUGUCUUGCAGAACAACAUUGACUGGGAAUAGUACCGCCUCCAUUCCCUCUCCUCUCCAUAGGAAGUUUAUGUCUAGUAAUUUCCAAGGGGGGUUGUUUGAUAUAUCUAAGAAUGGAAGUAAAAUCGGUGCUUUAGAAACUAGUUCUCUAAGAUCUGGUUGUAGCAAGGACGAUGCUGGAAACUGUUCUCAAACUACGACUUUAUGUGGUUCUCAACUUAGUUCAUGGUUGGAGAAUGGUGGCAAUCUGAAGGGGGAAAAUAGUGUUUCAACUGGAUACUCUAAGCGCCCGAAUGAAGCUUGCAAAUCUAAUCGCAAAAGGCUUAAACCAGGAGAGAAUCCAAGGCCUCGACCUAAAGAUCGUCAAAUGAUUCAAGAUCGUGUCAAAGAAUUACGAGAGAUUGUUCCAAAUGGAUCAAAAUGUAGCAUAGAUGCACUGCUGGAACGAACUAUUAAGCAUAUGCUUUUCUUGCAAAGCGUGACAAAGCAUGCGGACAAGCUGAAAAAGACCGGGGAGUCUAAGAUUAUUAGUAAGGAAGGUGGACUGGUUUUGAAAGAUAACUUUGAGGGAGGAGCUACAUGGGCAUAUGAGGUUGGUUCCCAAUCAAUGGUUUGUCCGAUUAUAGUCGAAGACUUGAAUACUCCCCGUCAGAUGUUAGUGGAGAUGCUUUGUGAGGAACGAGGUUUCUUUCUGGAAAUUGCCGACUUAAUCAAAGGAUUAGGCUUAACCAUCUUGAAAGGGGUAAUGGAAGCUCACAAUGACAAAAUCUGGGCACGAUUUGUUGUUGAGGCAAACAGGGACGUAACGAGGAUGGAAAUAUUUAUGUCACUCGUUCGUCUUCUAGAGCAAACGAUGAAGGGCAAUGCGUCUUCAUCCAAUGCCAUUGAUGACAUGUUAGGUUACAACUCUUUACCCCAGAAGGCCUAA